AUGAAUGAGCUGAAUGAUGAGAACCUUCUACGCAUCUUUGGAUUUCUGGAGGUGGGGGACCUGAGCUCAGCGCGACAGACCUGCAAACGGUGGUGCCACGUGACAGACGAUUACACACUGUGGCGCAGCCUCUGCUACUCUCUUCGCCUUUCAGAUCGGCGGGUGUUCAAAUUUUCCCGCCGUUCAUCUUCAUCUUCCCCUCACUCUCCAUCUUCGCCUGAGAGCGAGCCCGCGCCCAGUGCCCUGAGCAAGUUGGCCUUCAAGCUGGAAAAGUUUGAUCUCGAGCCGCUUGCUUCCAACUGGAAGGUCCUCUACCGCCGUCUUCGAACGCAGUCGCACUUUGUGGGCCACGAGUGGCUCCAUCGCCCCGAUCCUCGCUUGCAUUGCUCCAUCUCAGGUGCCAUCAGCGCAGCGAAGCGGGGGGACUACAUCUACAUCAUGCCCGGCACGUACUACUGUGACGGACACGGACUAGAAUUGGAAGCGCCCAUCAGGCUGGCCGAAGACGUGGUGCUGGUUGGCUUGGGCGAUACCGCGGCUGACGUGGUGCUACAAGCCCACAAGAAGAGUGCCACCCGGCCCGCCUUCAUCGUUUCUGAAGUGGACGAUAUCGAAGGCAUAAGCGGGUUUGAAUGGACAUUGUUCGAGGUUUAUGGUGGACAAGGCACAGAUGAGGUUCAAGGAAAUGGCGCAGAUGAUGGUCCGCCACGUCAAGUGAUCAAGGACAUCACAUUUGUGGGAUCCAACAAUCACGCCAUAUGCGUUGGUGAUGGAUCGAACGUAGUACUGGAGAACUGCAGGUUCACCAACAGCUUCGACGCGGCUGAUUUCAGCUCAGCGACGGCCGUCAACAUCUUCGGUACCGACACCAACACGACGCUCAAGAACUGCUGCAUCUAUCAGUCCAAGAAGCACGGGGUGUUCGUUGGUGAAGGGGCAAAGGCCACUCUGAUCAACGUGGACAUAGACGGCGCGGAGCACAGCGGCGUUCACGUCAAGGGGCGAGGUGACGGUUGA